AUGGCUACAGCAAAUCCUCCACCGGGCGCGCUCUCGGUGGAGCACCACAAUGGCGCCGACCCCUUCCUCGCCGCACCGCACGACGCCCACCGGCAGCGAUACUCGGCCUUCGACAACUCGCAAUUCUCGCUGUACUUGAACGGAUCACCCCUACAGGCCAAACGCGCUCUACAGGCACACUUGGCAGAGACGACGCGCAGACUGCAGGAGACGUCGCAUCUGGGGAGCGCGCUUGUUCAGCAGAGAAAGGAGCUAGAGGACAAGCUGCACGAGGUCGAGCAGCAGCAGCCAGACAACGACAUCGGGCCAGAGCUGCGCCAGAGGCUGGCCGAGCUAGAAAAGGAGUUCAACGAGGUUGGAAGGGAGACGGCUCGCGCCUUCCUCCCCAAGUCUCGCGUACCCAGUGGCGAGACGGAUCCCACUGCCGGUGGCUCCAUCUACUCCAGCGACGCCAUCCAGUCACCCACCAAAGUGAGCGUUCCGUCGCGGAAGCAGAGGAACCAGCAGCCCAGCCGCAUCAAUGACAUCGCCCUGGCCACCGAAAUCUCCACCUCUUUGCUUUCCCAGCUCAAGGACCUCCAGGCCGUCCUCCUCGAGAAGGAUGACGCCCUCAAGGCGGCUGAUCUGGACCGAUCGCAGCUCGAAAUCGAGGUCGAAGGCUUGUCGCAACGUCUGAGAACAUUGGACGAAAGCGAAUCGCGACUCAAGGACGUCAACUGGAAUCUUGAGACACAGGUUCGCGAGUCGGAAACACAGUUCAAGUCGGCCGCAGACAAGGAGCGAAGCCUCAAUCAUGCCUUGGAUCUCGCACGUACCGAGAGGUCCACUUUGGAGAAGGAGUUGGAAGAUUUGAAGCAGAUGUAUACCAAGCUCAACGACGAUCACAUCAACAAGACCAAGCAGCACGAGACGGAGCUCUCUAGCCUGCGGCGAGUCGCGGCCAUGACGGAGACGGAAAAAGGUGCAAUGCAGCGCAAGGUCGAAGAGCUCAUGACAAAGAAUCAAGAGCUGGCUCAAGCUGUCGCUUACCGCGCACGAUCAGAGCAUCGUGGCCGAUCUGACAGAUCGUCUGAUGACGAUCGUGGUGUCAGGCAGCAAUCUCAAACGCCUGAACACUCGCCUGAACCGUCUCCAAGCAAGGCCACUCCGCGCCACGGUAUGCUCGAAUCGGAAACACUCAAACAUUCGCUUCAACACGCCCACCGCAUGAUUCAGCAACUCAAGAACAAUAUCCAUCGCGAAAAGACCGAAAAGAUCGAACUGAAGCGCAUGCUCCAAGACGCUCGUGAUGAAGUAGACGCUACCCGCGCUCAAGUUGGACCUGGUAGCGCAAGCAAGCGAAGGAAGAGCGACAAGGAUGCUUUCAAGAAACCCGCUCGACCAGAUCGUCUUGGGGCCUUGCGCAACGUGUCGCACGAGAUUGUAGAAGACGACGAGUGGGAAGAGCAAGAGGCCGUGCCCGACACCCCAAGUCGGCCACCGCACCCAUCCAACUCUGUACCCGGCUCCUUUCCAAAUGCACUCAGCUCCGUCGCGGGAACGAGCGCAUACGAAAACCUCGACACUGCCAACGAAACCUCAGAUGCUGCUUUCGAGACUGCCAACGAACGCGACGGUAUGGCAACUGAGUCCGACGCAUUCCAAACCGGAGCCGAGACCCUCGACGGAGACAGCAGCGACCAGCUGACUGAGACCGAGGCCGGCCCUUCCAACUCUGCUGCCCGGCGUAGUCGACCCUCAAUCUCACAAGCUGGUCGCAUCAAUUCCUACCGCAGCACUGCUUCUGCCUCUGGCGAUGAAUACGAUUCCGAUUUCAGGACUCCUCUUCACCACAAGACUUCGCGCUUUACGUUAAGAGCUAGAGACAGCAGUUCGCGGAGAUCGACGCCGAGAGGGUUAGAUUUCUUUGCAGGUACGCCCCCAGCGUCAAGAGACUCGCCCGCGGGCUACGUCAGCAGCAGCAACGAGAACACUCCCGCCCAAGGCAAGAGUCUAUUGGCAGAACUCAACGACCUGAGUGGCGAUGACGAUGAUGCUAGUUCCAUCGAGGGAUCACCAAGUCGAUCCAGUGUCGUAUACUCAAGCCAUGCCACGCCAGAUCCACUAAGAAAGGCUGUUCUCGGAAGGUCGCUUCUUCAACCCGAUGCUCCCAGGCCAACUAUGGUUGAUUCGGGCACGAUGACCGAACAGGAUGCCCGCGAGCCUAUUUCCAUAUCCUCUAUAUCGAGUCAGAACACAGAACCGUAUGCUGCUCGCUUGCCUACAUUACAAGUCUCUGCCCUGCAUUCGCAAGGCACAAGCCCGCGAGCUUUGCCUCGUCAAAAUCUCGACGUCUCCAUGGUCACCUCACAAGACAGUGAACCCAAGCUUGCACUUCGGCCAGCCCUUGGCUUCUCUUCCGUCUCCGGUCAUGCUACUAGUCCCCAACCCCCAGAGAUACCUCAGCUGGCUGUGUCCUCUCUUUCAAGUCAGGGGACCGAGCCAACAAUCCCUUCAGCUCCGUUGUUCGCAUUAUCUCCGCUUCAUGCACAAAACACGGCGCCACAUGCCGUACCCACUGCUCCUCUGAAUAUGUCGUCAGUGGCUGUUCAUAGCACCGAGCCUCGCCUUAUUGCUCCUCCUGCUCUUGGGGUGUCGACAGUAUCGUCUCAUGGCACUGAUCCUAUUGUACCAGUGCUGGUGAAGGACAUUACACCUUCUUUGGACAUCUCCUCCAUUUCGCAUCAAACUACGGAGCCGCGGAAGGCGACUGCCCCAACCCUAGUGGCUCCAGCAGGUCUUUUUACGUCUGCUAUCUAUGCACAAUCGACCGAGCCCGCACAACUAGCCGAAUAUGUCUCGACAACGGAGUCAAAUCGAAGCCCUGACGAUAUGCUUCCGGCAUCUCCUGCCCAAGAUAUCGGUCACAGAGAAAAGCGUGCACCACUCCAAAUGUCAAGUUUGUCUGCCCACGAGACUGAGCCUAGAGUCACACCCUACAAGCCGACGUUGUUACAGAUGUCACCUUUGGUGUCUCGCUCGACUGAGCCCAAGGAUUUGCCUCGUGUGGUCCUCUCUGCAUCUUCUACGACAUCGACUAAGUCGACAGUACCCCGCGCGCCGGGAACCACCUUUCCACCUGUCAGUGUCAAUGCCGCCAGUAAGACUCCCCAAACGCCAAUGGCCGAUGGAGCUACACAGACAAUGGUGUCUGCUCAGCAGAUCGACAAGCUGCUGCUUGCUCGAAGUCAGCGAUGGAGUAGUUUGAUAACCACGUCCGGGCUUGAAAAGUCGCUGUCGCCGCCGGAGUCGCCUAGCAAAAAGCAUGUCAAUGAGACAAGUCGAACACCCAAACGCCCAGGCAGUUCGGGGAGCAUGCGCUCUCGCGCUGCAACGCCUCCUCCUCUGCCUUCGGAUCAUAAGGAAGUCAUCGCCGCGGCUUCUCUCAAACCAAUCUCCCCAGGCACAAUGGGCCCGCCUACAAUGCCUGCAUCCGCCUACAAGAAGCGACCGCAUACGCCUACCAUCAAGACUGGUAACAACACUCUCACUCCCAGAACAGGCGGGACCACACCGCGUGUGCGUCGACAGUCACAGCGUAGCGGAGCGUCUUCACCUCUUAGCCGGAGGUCAUCACUAUCUUCGUUUACUUCGGAAAUAGACCAACGCUUCAAUAUUCCAGGGGGGCCGUCUUUUGCUGCCAAUGGAUUGCCACCCGGUGCGACAGAUCCGCGCAUGAUCCAGGCCAUCACUCAGACGAUGAUUGGCGAAUAUCUGUGGAAGUACACUCGCAAGACUGGGCGCGAAGGCAUGUCUGAGAACCGUCACCGGCGUUUCUUCUGGAUUCAUCCUUACACUAGGACACUGUACUGGAGCGACCGAGACCCUCAGAGUGCCGAUAAGACGACAUUGAAGGCUAAGAGCGUAGCCAUCGAAUCUGUUCAAGAAGUCGACGACCCUAACCCUCUACCUCCUGGGCUUCACCAGAAAAGCUUGCUUGUCGUCACACCUGGUCGAUCGAUGAAGUUCACGGCUACAACAGGUCAGAGGCACGAGACGUGGUAUAACGCUCUGAAUUAUCUGUGCCAACGGGUCGACGAGAACGAUCAGCAAAAGUCGCCAACGAAGUCUGAUCAAGACCAGAAGGCAGCUACCGCAGAUGAGAUUCAAGACGAGUUCAAUGGCGGGUAUCGCAGCUCUUCUCGGCAAACAGGCCGUUCAAGAGGCUCGAUGUCCUCAUACGUUACCCGGCGCACAUCAUCCCGCGAUUAUGGCCAAGUGCCCACGAUUCGACAGUCGCAUGUUACACCACAUCGUGCAACCUCGACCGAGCCGCUGGCGCAUGGAUCUGUUUCCAGCCGAAUCAACAGCAUGCUCCGACCCAGCGUCACUGCUUUACGCGGAUCCUUCACUAGUCGGCGAAACAGCAGGACCAGCGCUACAGAGUCGGCCACGUACGAGGAACCCAGCGCGUCCAACAUGGAUCUCAGUCGUGAUAUCCAUGACCAUGUUGAACGUGAUCAUGACUUCAUGCCCAACGUCCGAGCAUGCUGCGAUGGUAAGACCCCUUGA